AUGGCAUAUGGAGGUGACGUCAAUCGAGGGCCAUUCUUGACCACUAUCAAUUGGGUAUUCAAUGCAAUUGCAUUAGUUGCUGUGAUCCUUAGACUCGCUUCGCACCAUUGGAGAGAGUCUCAGGGAUGGAAAAAGGAUGACGCAUUUAUCAUUCUUGCCAUGGUCAGUUGGAACUCUUCAUUGUAUCAAACAUCGUCGCUUGUACCUGAACUAAAUACUUGUUAUGCCAAACAGGCUGCGAACCUUGCAAGAGCCAUCUACGUUGACAUCACCAUCUCUUAUGGUCUCGGUCGCCAUCUCGAAGUUUUACUAGAAGAGAACCCCAUCCACGCGGUGAAGCUCCUCCGCCUAAUGGUGAUUCUCCAAGCUAUUGGUCUUUGGACUUUUACUCUGCCAAAGCUACCGGUGGUAGCUUUACUUGUCAAUAUUUUCGGGCGUAGCUCCAAGAGACUUGCAAUUAUACUCUACUCUGCAGUCACUGCUCUGAUCUUGCUCGUAAUUGUUUUGACCAUCACAACCUUUGUGCAGUGCACGCCGGUAUCAGCUAAUUGGACCGGGAAGGGUAAAUGUUGGUCCAAAAAUAUCAAUUUAGAUCUUGGCUAUCUUGCUGGAGCAUAUUCGGCUUUUCUGGAUUUUGCUCUUGCAUUAUAUCCUGUGUUGCGAGUCUCCCAUCUGCAAAUGGAGCGAUCGAGAAAAAUUCUUUUAGCAGGGUCUUUGAGUCUUGGUUUCAUCGCCGGGAUCAUAACAGCGUAUAAACUUUCUACAAUCAGUUCAAUCACGAAUGUAGCAGAUCCAACUUGGGCUACAGUACCAUUGGAAGUCUGGAAUAGUGUCGAAGGAACAGCUCUCAUCUUGGCCGCCUCUAUACCACUCACCCGGCCACUUCUAAUCUCCUUCUUCCAUGGCUUCCAGGCCUUCACCUCCCGACUAAGUAGUAGUCGCGCUAGCCAGACGACCAAAGUCAGCAACAGUUCUUUUAGUAGGGGAACAAAUAAGUCUAGCAACCACAAGCGUCUUCCUAGUGGUGAGGCACAAAAUAGCACAGACGAUGAUAUCUUACUCUACGAAAAUCCAGGCUUUCAAAACCAUAGCGACGUUGAGUCUGGCCACCAUCGCCAAAGUGGUUCGGGAAUAUACAAGACAGUUGAUUUCGUAGUUAACAGCAAGGCAAUGUCAAAAUGA